CACUGUAUCCUGAACCUAGACGGGCAUACUGAAGUGUUAGUCGAAUACACCUCGCUAUUACUGUUUCCAAUUGCACAAUAGUCACCUACCGCUCCCAAGACUAUAUAGCUCUCUUACUAGAGAAGCCACCCUUCUAUCCUCCUCGUUAUUUGCAUCUAUUUGGUCGGCACCGAAUCUCUAGAAGUGCACAUCAAUCAUCAUGCCCGGCCGCCUCCUUUCCAGCCUUGUUCGCCCCCACGUGCACCACCACACCUCCUUCUCGUCGCAUUCCACCUCUUCCUCAUCUACCUCUAUUAAUGAGAUCCCCACCAACACCGUGGCCCACAAGAAGCCUUCUGCAAAUGUGCUGGAACGAGCACGCUCUCCAGAGCGCCGUUUGUCUUUCGCGGUCGAUCAUCUAAUCCACCCGCACAGGGAUCACAGCAAGGAGAAGCGCCGCAAUCAUGGGCGUUCAUCCGGUUCAAAGGAGCGUCCAGGCGAUUAUGGCGUUAGUGCUACUGCCAAGUUGGACGUUGUCGUUGAAUCACCACCACUUGUCUGUUAUGGCAGCCCAGCUAACUCGACCGGUGCGCUAUUCUCCGGCCGUUUGAAGAUCACUGUCUCGGAAAUGGUUGAAGCCAUUACGCUCGAUAAGUUCGACAUGAGAUUGAUGACCAGAAUGACAACGAAGAAACCAGUCUCGAGAGAAUGUCCGAACUGCGCCUCUAGAACCGAGGAGUUAAACCACUGGAACUUCUUGACAGAGCCGCUCCACUUGAAGCCUGGCGACCACGAAUUCCCUUUCAGCUACCUCUUCCCCGGUCAUUUGCCCGCUUCCUGCAAUGGAUCUCUGGGAAAGAUCGAGUACUACCUCUCUGCCCAUGGGCAAAACAUUACCGGCGAAGAAUACAACUUCCAGAUGCCUUUGCAUAUCAGGCGCGCUAUCCUACCUGGAAACGACAAAUCCUCAAUCCGUAUCUUCCCUCCAACUAACCUGACGGGCCGCAUUGUGCUUCCCUCGGUCGUUCAUCCCAUUGGUACGUUCCCCGUCCAGAUGACUCUGAGCGGAGUCGUGGACAAGGGCGAGGAGACCCAAACCCGCUGGCGCUUGCGCAAGAUGAUGUGGCGUAUCGAAGAACACCAGAAGAUCGUUUCCACCGCCUGUGGUAAACAUGCGCACAAGAUUGGUGGUGAGGGCAAGGGCGUCCUCCACCAGGAAACUCGAAUCAUCGGACAUAACGAAGAGAAGGAGGGCUGGAAGACCGACUUCGAUACUGCAGGAGGCGAGAUUAGCAUGCAGUUCGAGGCAAGCAUCAACCCCACCUGCAACCCUGUGUGCGAUCUUGAGGCCUCCGGUGGACUGGAAGCCAAGCACAACCUCGUUAUCGAGUUGAUCGUCGCCGAGGAAUUCUGCCCUAACCGCAACACCAGACUCAUCACGCCUACGGGCGCAGCGCGUGUGCUCCGCAUGCAGUUCCACUUGCAUGUCACUGAACGCAGCGGUCUCGGCAUCAGCUGGGACGAGGAAAUGCCUCCGAUGUAUGAGGAUGUUCCUGCUAGCCCCCCCGGCUACACAAAGCCCGAUGCCAGCAGUGUCAUGGAAGACUACCACGGCUCUCCGCUCCCGCUGCCAGAGUACGAAGAAUUGGAACGCAUGGACUCGCUCCGGCUGGACAGCGACUCUACUCACUCGUCGGCUCGCUCAAUUCUCUCAACACGCGGACGAUCUCGAUUCACCACUGACGAUCUCAUCGCCGAACCUGUGACACCACAAAGCCGCAAUCGAGCCCCGUCCGCCGAUUCGCGAGCCUCUCGGGCAUCUGAGUAGACCAGCUCUUCUGCUCCUUUCUUUCACUCACGACGUUACGAUUCCUCACGACCGAAUGACCUCAACCUGAACUCAGAGAAACCAAUACCACAUUUCUUUCAACAUCACCAUGAACAACGGACGCUUAAUCAACAUUGUUGUUUUGUUUUUCUUAGAGACCAUAUUUGGGGAAAUACCAGGGCUGAAAAAAAAGUUUUUCUUUUGUAUCUUUUUUUUUUUUUUGUUUGUUUCUUUACAAGCUGGACGAAGAUAUCCUUUUCCAUGAUACCCGUCAUCUGCUGAGGGUUUUGACCUUGUUAAUCGUUUUUAUACUAUACCGAUGGAUACCUUUCCUUUUUCUCAAGAUGAUACACAUACCCUAUGGUUAACUAAUAAUUACAAUAAACCAAUACAAUAAUCUAAACUCCAUUCCAAUCUUCCUCACCCCUUACCUCAUACAUAGACUGAUACAUAUAAAUAACAAGGUGAGUCAAA